GCCUGCGGGUGGAGGUUUCAAGAGGGAAGAGCCUCAAGGUCAUAGGGUCCUCCCCUCCACACUGAAAAGAGCGAGCCAAACAAUGUCGUUUUCUCUGAAAUUGAAUCUCUCAAACCCUAGAAUCAAACCCAACUCCAACUUCGGAGGCCUCGCCGGUACCGCCCUUAAUCCCCACCGUCUCCCCUACCAUCUCAGACUCCCGGCACGGCGGCUCAACUCCGUUUCCGUACAGUCAGAGUACGUUAACGGAGCUUCAGAGCCGUCAAUUUCAUCGCAUUACACAGAGAGCAUCGGAGCCCCAUCACCUUCGUCCCACCUUCUUCAGUGGAACCUCACCCAACGACACGUCGUCGUCCUCAAUGUCGUUGCUUGCGCUGCGGCGGUUUCUGCAACGUGGCUCUUCUGCUCUGCAAUUCCAACGCUUUUGGCUUUCAAGAGAGCAGCUGAUUCACUUGCAAAGCUGAUGGAUGUUAUGAGGGAAGAGCUACCGGAUACAAUGGCGGCUGUUCGCUUAUCCGGGAUGGAGAUCAGUGACCUAACCAUGGAGCUCAGUGAUCUUGGCCAGGAGAUUACACAAGGUGUUAGGAGUUCUACUCGAGCUGUUCGUGUGGCGGAGGACAGGUUGCGCCGCUUGACAAACAUGGCUCCUACAGCAUUCGUGCAGGAAGUAGCAAGUCCGAAAAAUGAGGUGCCAGGGCCACCUUUGGCCACAACUGCAAGAAGCAUACGAGAGGGAGUCGUGAAGGGUCGUGCUCUCUGGCAAAUGUUUUUCACCAUCACCCGGUUUUCUAGGUUGGCACUCAACUUUUUGAUCAGACGGAAGAAGCAAUAGUGGAGAUCACAACACAUACCAGAGCUUCAUGGUGAGCAACAUCAAAUUUUGCGAAUGUACAUAAAUCUUCCUUGGUUCAUGUUUCAAAUCUUAAGUUAGCAUUGUGUACUUCCAGUUGGGCCAUCCCAUUUCAGAAGCGUCGCCAUUGAGUUAAAUAUCCUUUGAUUUGCCAUCUUUCUUUCUGUUGUUACUUGCAAGUGCAACUGAUUUCUUGUAGAUUUGUGCAAGAACACUUCUUUAUGCUUCUACUUGAUUAAUAACAUCAUCUUUUUGUUGAA